GCAUUGGAAUAUUGGAAUAUAAAAAUCAUCCAGUCAGACCUUUUUCACAGAUUCUCUGAAAAAUCACCGAAUUUAUAGUAUCAAACAGGAUGCAAUCAUCUGUGACAUUUCUUUUUGUUCUGAGUCUUGUGGUAGCAGCUCUUGCUGAAGAUGACCGCCCAAGAAGAGGUCCAAGAGAGAACCCUAUCAACUUAAUGUUUCCCGCAUGUACACCAUUUGCUGACGCAAUCGAAGAAAAUGCAAAAACUCUCUCUAAAGGUAAUAUGAUUGGUCCACGCGCUUGCAAGGAAGAAAAUCCAGAUGAUUGUAUAAAAUCUGACAGCCUGAAAGUUCGAUGUUCUGUGGAAGAGACACCUUCGGAAGAAUGUAUUGCUCAAUUGACAGCCUUCUUACUUGGCGACACUUGCAACGAAUAAGAUGAAAGACCAGAAAAGAAAUUCUAUUUUCCAUUGAAAAAUAGCUACAACUACUUGAAAUGAACCCAAUCAGAUUAUCAUCUAUUUUCUGAAACCAAGAUAUCUAUGAUGUAAAUAAUAAAAUAUAAAUAAUAAGGAAUAAAUAAUUCAGAAUAAGCAACCUUAUGUUUAAAUAUGGGAAAAUACUGACUGUUAUGUAUAUUUUGAUAACGAUAAUAAAAUUAUAAUAUCUUUA